GUAAAAAUACCCAUUUCCAUUUCUCUUCGUUUUUCCCCCAAGUCAAAAUCCCAUCUCUCUUCCCUUCAAAAAACCAGUAAACUCACACCGUAGGCAACGCAGUCACAAUACCUAACCCUAGCACUUCCAAAAAUGCAACACCCUUCGCCGGACUCCGACAUGCCACCGCUCGCCUCCAUCAAGGUCCGCUCCUCCUCCCCGCGCUUCCCUCCUCCCACCACUCCUUUAUCCACUGAAACUCCUACGGCCAAUGCCCAGCGGAAGAUCGGCAUCGCUGUUGAUCUUAGUGAUGAGUCUGCUUUUGCUGUUAAGUGGGCUGUACAUAACUAUCUCCGUCCUGGAGAUGCUGUUGUGCUCGUCCAUGUUCGGCCCACUUCGGUUCUUUACGGGGCUGAUUGGGGGUCCGUUGAUUUAUCCAUUGUUGAUACUGAAAAUGAGGAGUCCCAGCGGAAGCUUGAAGAUGAUUUUGAUACUUUUACUACUACGAAGUCGACUGAUCUGGCACAACCGCUCGUGGAGGCUCAAAUUCCAUUCAAAAUUCAUAUUGUGAAAGAUCAUGACAUGAGAGAGAGGCUCUGUUUGGAAGUUGAGAGGCUUGGUCUCAGUACGGUAAUUAUGGGGAGCCGUGGAUUUGGUGCCAUCAAGAGAGGGAGCGAUGGGAGGCUUGGCAGUGUCAGUGAUUACUGCGUGAGGCAUUGUGUAUGCCCUGUUGUUGUUGUUAGAUAUCCGGACGAGAAAGACAGUGCUGACGGUGGAGAGCCAGUGGUAUCUGUAGCUACUGUAGCCAAGGAGGAUGAGGAGGAGCAAGAGUAUCAUGACGCUUCUGAUGAUCGCAAGGAUAUAAGAUGCCAAGAUACAGAAAGAAAUUCAGAUUGAUGAAUUUUUGAUGAAUCAUAGAACUGGAAGCUAGGUGCAUUUCUCAUCUCUUCAAGUUUUCCACUUGCCAGAAUGUAUGGUGGAAUUGGAGUUGUAUUCCCUUUUUCUUUGUAUGAAUUCUAGCAUCCUCCGUAUAAGAAUCAUUGUUAUUGUUGUCGUAUUUUCAGCGAGGCAGGUAUCCUUACUUGGUCAUCUCUUUCCAACUCCUGGAAGGAAAACCAGAAAUGGCACUAGUAUGCUUGUUUUUGCUGGUGCGAAGGUGGCCACAAUUGUUGGAUCUGGUUUUCCCCUUAUAAAGAAAAUUACCUAUAAUAUUAUUCAAUCUUUUCUUUCUUUGAGUGGGGUGUAGGAAUUAGAGGGGACCACUGUCUCUGCUAACCGUGUACAUCCUCUCCUAUUGAUUAGCAAGUUUCUAUACUGAGAGUCUCAGACAAUUAGAAGAUACAAUUAGUUUUGACUAAGAGCUUUUAUUGUGAUUACACAUACCAGCCCCAAUUUUUAUUUUUAUUUUUUUACUUUUAUUAUAUUUUCAUUAUUAUUUUUUUUCUGAUGAUGUUUUCUUCAAGGAAAAUGUUACUUAUAGUCUCCAACAUUUGAUAGGUCAUAUGCAAAUAAAAAUGCCAUAGUUCAUAUCUUUCUAUUCCCCUUUCUUCUACGUGAAUUUGUGUUUUUAUGAAGCGAACACAUGUAUGCAUGCAUGUACCGAUAUGCAUGGCUGUUUUUGCUUGGUAUAGUGCAGACUGUUGGCAUCUUUAAAAUCUUCCCGUGUGUUUUGAAUUACUUAAGAAUUAGUAUUUAAUCUAGAUAUGAAGUUUUCAGCUCCGCUGUAGUUUAUUGCAAAGAAGCAUCAAAGAUUACUUAAGAUCAAUGGAUAUCUUUGCCAAACAAAUUGUCUUGUAGCACAGAGAUUCCUAACUUAAACAAGGGAGGUGUCGAGGCGGUUCUCUUUCUUGGCUGCAGUAUUGAAAUGGAGAAGGCAUUGCAGGCUACAAACUAUAUAUUUCAGUUUUAUGUGAAUCAACCUGGUUUCUCGAUUGUGGAUUAUGCCAUGUAUAUGAACAUUUGUUGCUUUACAAACUUAUCAUAAUCAUCUUUUCGCAUAUAUUGCUACUUGUUAUCUUGAUGGUGGUGGGUUCUGAAACAGCAUUAAGAGUUAGUUAUUUACCCUUCGCUUCGUAUAGAUCUUUGCAA